AGUUCUCUGGCGACCAUCAAACGGAAAUGCAGUACAAUCAGCCGCAGCCUGGAACCGUUGGCUACCCGUACCCGCCACAGCCUGGAGCAGGUGGCUAUCCGUACCCGCCGCAGCCACAGCCACCGAGCUACGAGCAGGCCGUACAUGUCACGGGACAAGCGCCCGUUCGAGUUCAGGUUCAGGGCGCACAGCCGCCGCCCGUGGUGAUCAUUCAGCAUCAAGCUGCUCUGCCGGUGGGUCCCGAUGCCAGCUUCAUCACCUGUCCCCACUGCCAUGUCCAGAAGCUGACCCGAGUCGAAUAUGCGCCCAGUGUGCGCACCCACUGCAUGGCCGCCCUGCUCUGCCUCAUUGGCCUCUGGUGUUUCGCCUGCUUGCCCUACUGCGCCACCAGUUGCAUGAAUGCGAAUCACUUCUGCGGCAACUGCAACAAGUUUGUGGGCGUCUACAACAGCGACUAGCAAGCAGCAAACAGCAGCAGCAGCAACAGCAGC